UGAUUGGUCGAGAGUGGCGUGGCCUCUUGUUGUGUUUAUGUUAUUGUUGACAAGUGGGAGUUGCUCUGCCAAAUAACUUUAGAAUAUAACUAGUCAUUGAUAAACCGUCGAGAAUGGUCUAUCUUCACUUUCCUAGCAACAUGACGGAGGAGGAGCAGAUGCUUCAGGCGAAGUAUCAGAAAUUAAGACGAAAGAAAAAGGCACUGCAAGCUCUGAAAGCACCAAAGCAAGAACCAGAACCACUAGUGCCUCUGAAGCGACCAAUGGAAGCAAAGGAUGCCAAGGAAAUGGCUAAGAAAUUGAUAAAAUCAGGGGCUAUCAAAGUACCCGAGCGACCUCAGCCAGCCACAGAGAAAACAACCUUCAAAAGAUCUAUGGGAUUGGAGCGAAAGCUAUCUGCAGCAGAUAAGGCUCCCUCAGGAUAUCAACCAUUUUCUACCUCACAUCCAGAAGAAGAGAUCCAUGAGUCGAGGCAGAAAUCAAAGCCAAACUUGUACGAGAGUUUUGUGACAGCACGAGACAGGGAGGAACGUGGAGAAUUUACAAGAGAUGGAAGAGGGGCAGAUGGUAAACCCAGGCAAGGACAUACUAUAUAUGUCUUUGGAUACAACAUAUCUGAGGAGCUACUUAAGAAAUCUUUCUCUACCUAUGGAAACAUUGUUAAUGUCAAUAUGGAAAUUGAGAAGAACUGUGGAUUUGUCACAUUUGAUAAAGUGGAAUCAGCAGAAAAGGCAAUUGCUGAGAUGAAUGGCAGCAUGGCCUCUGGCAUCCAGUUGAAGGUGUCCCUUGCUCGUCGGCAGCCUGUUAUUGACCCGAUUAAUGAUGCUUCUUCUUCUGCUACAUGGUCUACCAUUGCUGCCAGCCACUCGCAGAAGGGAUCACACAAAGAUAAGAGAGACCUUGUGACAUAUGAUGAAGUCUUCUAAGAUUAAGCUUUGUCUUGUAUAUAAAUUCUUCAUGCCUUUCACACUUCUCUCCUUCCCUUCACACUUAAAGAGAGAAAAAAAAACUAAUAAAGUUCAUCAUCAAUACUACAA